AUGGGCCCAACAGGUUUCAAAGGAUCCACUGGAUUAAAAGGGAACAAAGGAAACAGGGGCUCUAAUGGCAUUCAAGGACCAAAAGGAGAAUGUGUAGUCCCUCCUAAGAUACUUGUUUUUCCGGAAUCUCAGAAUGUGUUUGUGAACAAGUCUGCAACAUUUUAUUGCUGGGUGCAAGGACACGUGUCUAAGAAAAUAACAUGGCGUAAGCUUGGAGGUAACUUGCAUCGUGGCAUUACAGCAGAGAAUGGUGUUCUUUACAUCACUAAUGCCCAGAGGCCACAUACUGGAUCAUACUUGUGUACAGUCUUCACUAGUUAUGGAAUAUUUCGAGCCGUCACUAUUUUAGGAAUUAAAGGUGAAAUAUUUUGUAUAAUUUUUACUUUCCUUCUUUUUAAACUCAGGUUGUCUUGUUAUGUCGGUUUUUUUUUGUAUUCUAACGCUUUUGUCGCGGUCCCAGUUUUUAUCCAGUGAUCAUUUGUCAUUGAAGCUAUCUUUUUAAUUUUGGCGAUUGCUUUCUUCCUGCGCGGCUUAUCAGUAACCGAUGAGUGGAUCACUAUAACUAAACUGACUCGUCCCCUAUGGAGUAUGUUCGUCGCAGCCAUGUUGGAGGAGAAAAACAAUAACACGGUUUUCCUUUGGGGAAAAAAUUUCAUUGUCAUGCGAAUAUCUUUUUUAUUGUUUAUAGCUCCAACGUGUCCGCCGCGCACAUACUUAACGAGAAUAGUUCGUUCAAUGGGACCGCGAGCAGUGAUGGGAGGGGGAGGGAGAAAUAAGGUUAAGAGGCCGGGAAUCUCUCCCUUUGGUUUUCCUUCUUUCCAUCACCUCUCACAUGCGUGCUCCUUGGUCACUGCUCUAACGUUCCCUUCUCCGCGUGUGAUCCAAAUAGAGACGAGUGGGGACGAGUCAGAUAAUCAAAUCGAAAAUUUUCAGUUUUGGCGGCUAUUUCCCCUAUUUUUUCUCCUAUGCAUCUAAUGAUUAAACGAACUUGCGACUAUUUUAAUUUUCCUUCAGCGCCUCCGGUAUUAAUUAGAAGGCCUCCUCCUUAUGUGUAUGCUGACAAAGGCACUACUGUGAAUCUUUGUUGUAAGGCAGAUGGCUCACUGGUUUGGUCAAGUUCACCAACCGCCCUAACAUCGAUACCGUCUUCUCAGCGGAAUGGAUGCCUCUCCUUAAGCAACAUGACUCGAGAAAGUGCUGGGAAAUACACUUGCCGUGCAACCAACCAGUUUGGAUUCGCAGAGGCAACUACUGAAGUAUUU